AUGGCCAAAACCAAUAUUCAGAUCAUCCUUGGUGAUGGAGAAAGCACAUCCACCGCCGGCGGAGACUGCCCUCACAUCGCCUUGUGGGACGAUGACGGCAACCGAAUUGGCCAAUACCAUCCAAAGUCCUGCGAUAUAAAGCAGGGUAACGUGGGUAACUUCGUGGUCGAGCACUCGCAGACGACACCAAAGUACUCCCAAGCCGACCCCUACUACGUCAUGGUAUCACAGCUAUCCGAUGAUGCCAUUUGCGUAGCCUCCAUCGCCGUCCAGGGAACAAAGAUCUCCGGGUCGUUCUUCGGGGACACUGGGUACAUGUGCGGCCAAUCCUGGUACGCCUCAGAAAAUCGCAUCGGCAGCGAUUUCACCAACCCCCGUUGUGUCUGGCUGGAUGGCAAUCAUGACAACGGCAUCAACGCACGCGCCAUAAGCUUCCAUCUGAAUGAUAUGCAACCCAACCAAGAGAAGAUGAGCCAGUACAUGAGCAACCAAGACACACUCUGCAAGUCUAGUCCGCGCUUCUCAUUCUGGGGUAAUCUCUUGCCCGACGGUAUCCCGCCCUUUUUCUCGCCGCCCUUGACAUACAAGGACGGCAAUGGCGCCGAUACCGAUCUGUCCAAAGUCAUCGAUGACCCUAAGAACCCAGUCGACAAGGGCGUGUAUCUGCACCAAGGUGAAAGCCACAGACUUGCACGGUCGCGAACUCCAAAAACCACGCGCCGCAACGUCAGGGGCUGGAACCAUAACCCGGACCACCUGGUUGUCUCGGAUCAGGUCACUAGCUCGGCUAGGGAGCUCUGUACCCACCCGAACUCAUAUGGCUGGGACAUAGUUUCAACAAAGGAGAACCUGUUCUGCGAUAUGGAGCACAAGAAGCUUUAUCCGCUGUGCAGCAACGCGGUCACUGAUGGCUGUUUCGACUUAGAUGCGAAAACACUGCGAGGGCAUUUGAAUGCCAGAAGUGAUGAUACGGUAAAGAUGAGGUACGGUAGAAGCUAUGCAUCGACAGCGCAUUGGAAGGAGCCUAAGCAAGAGGACAAUGGUAACUAG